CAAUCUCUAUGAUCUAAUGUGACACUUAAAAAGCUUAUUAUAACUCCUAUAAUAUUUUAGAAGACACAAAAAAUAAACUACUAGAUCCCAUUUCCAUAUGCUACCCCUAAAAUAAUGGAAGGUGGUUCAUCCUCAUCAUCUUCACCUCAAAACUAUGAAGCAACACCACCCUCACCAACACCUAGCCGUUAUGAGUCCCAAAAGAGGAGAGAUUGGAACACUUUCGGUCAAUACCUAAGGAAUCAACAUCCUCCUGUGCCUCUUUCUCAGUGCACUUGUCAUCAUGUCUUAGACUUCCUCCGCUACUUAGACCAGUUUGGUAAGACCAAGGUCCAUGUUCCUGGCUGCAUGUUCUAUGGCCAGCCUGAACCCCCAGCACCGUGUCCGUGCCCUCUUAGACAGGCUUGGGGUAGUCUUGAUGCCCUCAUAGGCCGCCUUCGAGCAGCCUACGAGGAGAACGGUGGACCACCGGAGACUAACCCUUUUGCCGGUAGCGCGAUAAGGGUGUAUCUUAGGGAGGUACGGGAGUGCCAAGCUAAGGCUAGGGGUAUUCCUUACAAGAAAAAGAAGAAAGGGGGUGGGAGAGGUGGGGGAGGUAGUAGUGGAAGUGGAAGUGCAAGUGGAAGUGGAAGUGGAGAAGAUCAAUCUUCUUUUUCUCCUGGUGGAUCUUCAAGCUCUAUGAUGAUGAGGUUUUCUUAGUAUGAUCCACUAUAUACACUAUGUUGUUUUUGAAGAUCAUCAAGUAUUAAGAGGGGAAAGAAGGAUUAGACCACAAUUGCUUACAAAAAGUGGGAAAGUACCACGCUAUGAAGAUGUCUCUACUGCCAGGGUAUCAUCCGCGUGGAAGACGAUGUUAAAUUUUCCGAUGGCAUUAAUUAGUAGGCCUGUUACCAAUAUUGUUUCGUUCCUUAAUUAAGAUUAUCUCUAAAUCAGUAUCAUUAUUGAUGCUAACUUGUAUUGAAUUUAGUAUGUGCUGUUAUCCGGAAUUAUAAUUCUCUUGUACACUCUAUAUGUAAUGCAUAUUUAUUAAUCUUCAUCAUCAA